GCAACAAGCAACCGAUAGAAUAAGUGCUAGGCUUACAAAGAAUAAAACCGUGGUGAAAAACAAACUGGAAAAAUUCAAGUCAAAUCAGAGAAAAUUCAACAGAGUCCAGAUCCGAAACUCUUUCUCACGGUCGAACUGUCUUCUGCAAAUAACCCCAGAGGUGCUAUGCCGGUAUGGACACAAGAAAACAAGACAGCAUAAAUACAAAAAAUCAAAACAUAAAGGGAAUUAACAAUCGUUAGCUACUGAAAACCGUGUUCAAAAAAUGCGCAUGCGCACUAUGCGUACUUCUGUUUCCAUUUUGGCAUCAAAUUAUUUGUGUCAGGUGCUUGAGGUUAUGAAUACAUUUAUAAUGCUUUAUAAUACACACUUGUUAUACAUUGUUCACCUACUACGCUCGCUUGUAACAACUCUGCCCUUUAUAAGACAUUUCCAAUAUCAGACGACAGUGGGAUAACACAAGAUACAUCCGCAGUAUUUAUCAUUUAAGACAAUGUUAUAGAGAACAGAUAUAUAAUACUGUUUCUAUAAACCUAUGAUAGAAUUCUAGUAAAAUAUUUGCUCUGGCCUGAGAUUAUUACCAAAAUUUCCAUACAUAUCUGACAGGAGUGUUGAGAAGAUGCAUUUGCAUGCAAAUUAAACUUGGAUAUAUAUAUAUAUAUAUAUAUGCACACACACACACAGUGAUUUGAGGAGAAAAUAAUGGAGAGAUGUGAGAAACUCAAGGAAUUGAUUUUACCUGAAGACAUGAUAAAAGAAAGAAGGAAUUUGUCCUAUGACUGUGAUAUCUGUGAAAAGACAUUCUCUCUGAAAGGUAACUUGACUAAACACAAACGUAUUCAUACGGGGGAGAAGCCAUAUCAUUGUGAUAUCUGUGGUAAAUCUUUCUCUGGAAGUACUGCCCUGACAAUACAUAUACGUAUUCAUACAGGAGAGAAGCCAUAUCGCUGUAAUAUCUGUGACAAAUCAUUUUCUCAAAAUAUUGACUUAAAUAAGCACAUUCGUAUUCAUACUGGGGAGAAGCCAUAUCACUGUGAUAUCUGUGGUAAAUCAUUCUCUCAAAGUGCUGUUUUAACUACACACAAACGUGUUCAUACGGGAGAGAAGCCAUAUCACUGUGAUGACUGUGGUAAAUCAUUCUCUCGAAGUUAUCACUUGACUUCUCACAAACGCAUUCAUUCGGGAGAAAAACCAUAUCACUGUGAUAUCUGUGGUAAAUCAUAUUCUGAAAGUAGUAUCUUAACAAGACACAUGCGUAUUCAUACAGGAGAGAAGGCAUAUCAUUGUGAUAUCUGCAGUAAAUCAUUCUCUGUUAGUAGUCACUUAACUAGACACAAACAUAUUCAUACAGGAGAGAAGCCAUUUCACUGUGAUGUCUGUGACAAAUCAUUCUCUGCAAGUAGUGACUUAACUAGACACAAAUUUGUUCAUACAGGAGAGAAGCCAUAUCAUUGUGAUAUCUGUGGUAAAUCAUUCUCUGUAAGUAGUUACUUAGUUGAGCACAAAAGUUUUCAUACUGGAGAGAGGCAAUAUCUCUGUGAUAUCUGUGGUAAAUCAUUCUCCAAAUUUGGUACAUUAACUAGACACAUUCGUAGUCAUACAGGAGAGAAGCCAUUUCACUGUAAUAUUUGUGGUAAAUCAUUCUCUGGGAGUAGCGACUUUACUAAACACAAACGUGUUCAUUCAGGAGAGAAGCCAUUUCACUGUGAUAUCUGUGGUAAAUCAUUCUCUCAAAGUUAUAACUUAACUUGUCACAAACGUAUCCACACAGGUGAAAAACCACAUCAUUGUGAUAUUUGUGGUAGAUCAUUCUCUGCAAGUAGUAACUUAACUUCUCACCAACGUAUUCAUACAGGGGAAAAGCCAUAUGAGUGUGGCAUCUGUGGUAUAUUAUUCUCUCAAAGUAGUGACUUAACUAAACACCAACGUAUUCAUACAGGAGAGAAGCCAUAUCAUUGUGAUGUCUGUGGUAAAUCUUUCUCUGAAAGUCGUAAGUUAAAUAAACACAUAUCUACUCAUGUAUAAGGGUAACCGUGUGCCUUUUAGCCAUGCCAAUAACAAAUCCACUCAAUAUGUCUCCCAUUUUUUAGGUUGUUUGAGAUUUACUGAUGCCAACCCCUUUUUAUUUACUUCUUACAGUAUGCCAGGACAUGAUUUACUCUCAAAAUUUCUUUUACAAAAAGUAAGAAUAAAGACAUCUAUAACUACAAAUGUUUUUAGAUAAGAAAGGAGUUUGAUAACAGCCUCCCAACACUAUAUUUUAUAUCACUACAACCAUGUAUACAUUGGUGAGAUAACAUACCAAUGUAGUAUUUUUAAUAAAAGUAAUUUCUUCUAGA